CUACGUCUUCAUGCCUCUAGCUUUCAUCGUGGGAGUGGAGUGGGCUGACUGCCAGCUUGUGGCCGAGUUGAUAGGUCUCAAGACCUUCCUAAAUGAAUUCUACGCGUAUGGUGUCAUGGGGCAGUACAUCAAGAACAGGGACACAGGAGAUGGACCAACGCUAUCUGUGCGGUCAGAGGUGAUUGCGACGUACGCCCUCUGCGGUUUCUCCAAUAUAGGUUCUAUCGGCAUGAUAUUGGGAAUCUUCGGCCCACUGGCACCCAAACAGAGAAAGGUCUUGUCCCCGGUAGCUCUCCGUGCCCUCUUUGCUGGAUCCGUAGCUUGCUUCACCACAGCUUGCAUUGCAGGCAUCUUGUACGUGCCCGAGGAGUUCAUACAAACCAAUUCGACAUCGACACCGUGGAUGACUACCAUGUAUUGAGGGGAAAAGGAUACGAGACGAUGUUGAGGCUGAAAUAUACUGCAUGCCCCUAUUUAAAUGACAUAUGAAAAACAUACCUGCAUACAGUGCCAGUGUCAUAGUUGAGGGAACACGAGAGACACUUAUUCAAUUCUCCAAACAAAAUAGAGGGGUGAGCAAAAAGAAAAAGAAAGGACAAACAAAAACGAGAAAAAAGACAAAAGGGAAAGGGUUGAGGAAAUUCACCGCAGC